AGGGCAGGUCGGAGGAGGGAGGCGUUUACUUCCGGGUCCACGGUCGCUUCAUUUCCGGGAGAAGCCGGCACCGCUGGUAGCGGGCAGUGAGGCAGGUGUUUGCGGCCGCCGGGUGGUCCCGGGGCCUCGGUCGGGGGACGCCAGGCAUGAAGAUCACGAGGCAGAAACAUGCGAAGAAGCAUCUCGGCUUCUUCCGCAACAAUUUCGGAGUCCGCGAGCCGUACCAGAUCCUGCUCGAUGGUACCUUCUGCCAGGCGGCGCUGCGGGGCCGCAUCCAGCUGCGGGAGCAGCUGCCCCGCUACCUCAUGGGGGAGACCCAGCUGUGCACCACCAGGUGUGUGUUAAAAGAAUUAGAAACAUUGGGACAGGACUUAUAUGGGGCAAAACUGAUUGCACAAAAAUGCCAGGUUCGAAAUUGUUCCCAUUUCAAGAAUGCAGUGAGUGGAUCAGAAUGUCUGCUUUCCAUGGUUGAAGAGGGAAAUCCCCAUCAUUAUUUUGUGGCAUCACAGGAUCAGAAUUUAUCUAUGAAAGUAAAGAAAAGGCCUGGAGUUCCUCUUAUGUUUAUUAUUCAGAACACUAUUGUCUUGGACAAACCUUCUCCCAAAACAAUUGCCUUUGUUAAAGCAGUAGAGUCAGGUCAGCUUGUCUCAGUUCAUGAGAAGCAAAGUAUCAAGCAACUCAAAGAGGAACAGGGUUUAGUGAAAAACCCUGAACAGAGAAGAAGAAAAAAGCGCAAGAAGAUAAGUGGCCCCAAUCCCCUUAGCUGUUUGAAGAAAAAGAAAAAAGCACAGGAUACAAAACCAUCUUGCUCUGAAAAGAAAAGAAAAAGAAAAAGAAUCCGGAACAGAUCAACCUCAAAAGUACUUUCUGGAACGGAGAAUGCAGAAGGAUAAGGAAUCCUUUGGAUACUUUGAAUGACAUUCAAAUGUGAAAAGCAAAUUUCUUUUUAAAACUGUGGAAAUACUUAGAAUAAAGAAAGGCCACACAAAAAACUAAACUUAUUUUUGUAAAUGAAUAUUGAUCCAUAAGCCUUUGCCUAAAAUUAUUUGUAAAUAAAAAACAAAACAAUGAA